AUGAAAAAUAAAGACCCCACUAUAGACAUAAAUGAUGACACAAGACGAGAAAGGAGGGAAAUUGGGCAAACAGAAAAUAAAAAUAUUGAUCAUAUUCAUGAUCAACAUCAAGCACUAUUUGGAGUAUCUGAGUCUUUUGGUGUGGAAAUAGUUUCGAAAUGGAGAUUUGAAUCCUGGAAUGAACCAGAUUUAAAAGGCUAUAAUUGUUUAAAUAUGUCUGUUUUAGAAUAUCUCGACUACGUUUCGGCGACCAACGAAGGGUUAAAAUCUGCUUUUUCUGCUUCGAAUUCAACUUACAAGUUUGGCGGUCCGGCGGGACUGUUUAGAGAUAAAAACCACCCCCUCUGCUGGGGCAUUCUUGAAUUUUGCUCUUCUGCUUCGAUUGGUGUAUGUCCUUUGAAGUUCGUUUCUUUUCAUCGGAAAGGCGGAGGAAGCGCCAAAGGAGUUGUUGAUGGGAGUUUGGUGCUGAUCGACAAGAUAUUUGAGAAGUUUCCGAUGCUUAAAAAGAUGCCAGUUUCAAAUGAACAGAUUCGGCCUCCCCUCUUUACCACCACUGGCACUGGAACUAGCUGGGACCCUACUUUGGCUUUAUGCCUCUUCACCACCACUGACACUGGAACUAGAUGA